CAUUCCAUCUCAAUCAUCAUGCGCUGGCAGUUGGUGAUCUUCUGGCUGGGUCUGGGUCUGGUGGCGACUGCUCCGGUUAAGUGGCGUCGUCAGGUGGUGGCUCCUACUUGGUUACUGGGACCCACAAUACCGCCCUCCUCGCAGGCCUCCCGGGUGGUGGUCACCCAGCAGAACCUCCGCGAAGUGGCCGCCCUAAGGGCACAGAUACAGAAGGCGGUGAACGAGGAUACCUUUGUGGUGGCAGCUCCACCAUCGCAGGAAUUUCUUAGCCAACUUGGAGGUCGUGUGGCUGUCCCCUCGUUUCCGGUGUGGAACUUCACCAUGACCUGGCCCCGAAUCGGAUGAUAUGUGAGUGCCACUUGCCAC